AUGAUUAUUUUGUUUUCCUUCCUCUCUGUUCAGGAAACCUAUUCUCAAUUUGUUCUCCUCUUUCUCCGUUUGGUUCCUUUCAAGUGGACGCUCUUUCCUACUAGUAUUUAUUUUCCUUUUAGUAUUUACUGCUUUCAGUCCUUUCCCUUUAUUGCUUCUUGCCGCACUUGUCCACUAAUAUUUUUUGCACUCUCUCAGUCUUUCUCUUUAGAUCAAAAUCUGCCCGUUUCUGUUUUCCUUUAUUAUUUUAUACACCCCCACCUUAUUCUCUCUGUUACACUUUUGUCACUUUUCUUUAUUUACACCCACAUAGUAUUUUUUACACCACCUUAUAUCCUUUUUUCACUUUCUCCAAUUCUUGUCAUUUACACCUUCAUUACUGUAAGUUUACACCCAUACCUUAUUCCCUCUUUUCUCUUCCUCCACUUCUUUUUAUUAACAUCCUCAUUUCUGUUGUUUUACACCCUCCACCUUAUUCCAUCUUUAUUUACACCUCCAUUACUAUGUUUUACACCCUCCACCAUAUUUAAUCUUUUCUUCCACUUCUUUCUAUUAACACCCUCAAUUCUGUUGUUUUACACCCUCCGCCUUAUUCCAUCUUUAUUUACACCUUCAUUACUGUUUUGCACCCUCCACCAUAUUCAAUCUUUCCUCUUCCGCCAUUUCUCUUUAUUAACACCCUCAUUUCUGUUGUUUUACACCCUCCACCAUAUUCCAUCUUUACACUUCUUUAUUUACACCUCCAUUACUCUUUGUUUUACACCCAUACCUUAUUCCCUCUUCCACUUUUGUCAUGUCUUCACACUCUCACUACUAUUGUUUUACACCCUCCACCUUACUCGCUUUUACAUUAUCUAUUUUUCUUUCAAACCUCACUAUUACCUUCUUACACUCUCCAUUUUUACCCUCUCUUUCUACUUAUUUACAUUCUCACUACUAUUAUCUUUCAUCUUUCUUCCCCAUUUUAUACUCUCCCUCUCUUCCUAG